AAAGUACAACUCCAACAGGCUCUAUUAUGUUAAUUCCAUUUGAGGAUGACAUUAUAUCUGUGGCUAACAUCCAAGCACAACCUCCGGGACAAAUAUUUAAUAUUGAGGCUGAAUUGUGUCUUGCAAGUAAGGAUCAACUCUUUAGUGUGUUAGCAUGCUCAAAUUGUAAGCAAUUAUUCACAAGAUAUAAUGUGCGAAGGGAAAUCUACUGCACAACUUGUCACCGAUCCACACAUCUUAUUCUUAGGUGUCAAUUUGAAGUUACUGUUAAGGACAACAACGGUUUUGCAACAGCUAUUGUUUCAAAUGAAAUUGCAGAGAAAAUGUUGCACCUCACUUCCGAAGAAAUUUAUGAAAUUUGCUUCGUUAAGAAAGGAACAUUAUCGCUGCAAAAUGUGGAAGAUCAACUGAAUGGAAAAAUAUUCAACAUUCAAAUGGAAAGUCUAUUCACAAAAAAGUUGGAUGCAACGCAAAAAUUAUCCAUUUUGUCUUACCUGGAGAAAGAAGAUGUCGUUCAUAACCAAUGACAUCUACAACAGUCAAUGUUACAGAAGGAAAAAGCGCACAAUUGAACAUGUUAAUUCAAGGGAAAAAGAAUAUCCAAGCAUCGCAAAUAAAUUUAAUCCUCCCAUGAAAAAAA